GAGAUAUGAAUCACGCAUAAUCAAAGAAAUGCUAUUAAAGGAGUUUGAGGCUGCGAGAAACUGAAGACAUAAAAAUGCAGAGAGCCUUUUACAGAGCAAGGUCAUUAUUCACCAACCGCCAUUUCUCACUUUCUUCCCAACCAAACACCAAACCAUACCUGUUAUCACCCCAAACCCAAUUCUCCUCCACACAAAAUCCCCACAACAGAGCAACUGGGUUUUCUCCUGUUCACCUCGAACAAAACCCAGUCGUCUCCGACGAUGACGAGACCCACGACGAGUUCUCCGGCGACGUCGAGAAGAUCUACAGAAUCCUCCGCAAGUUCCACUCUCGGGUCUCCAAGCUGGAGCUCGCCCUUCAAGAAUCCGGCGUCGUUUUGCGCUCCGGCCUGACGGAGCGAGUCCUCGGCCGGUGCGGCGACGCCGGCAGCUUGGGCUACCGGUUCUUCGUCUGGGCCUCGAAGCAGCCCGGUUACCGGCCCAGCUACGAGGUCUACAAGGCCAUGAUCAGGGCUCUGGGAAAGAUGCGGCAGUUCGGCGCCGUUUGGGCUCUGUUAGAGGAGAUGAGGAAGGAGAAUCCCCAGUUGAUAACUCCCGAAAUUUUCGUCGUUUUGAUGCGGAGAUUUGCCUCCGCCAGGAUGGUGAAAAAAGCAGUCGAGGUGUUCGACGAAAUGCCAAAGUACGGGUGCGAGCCCGAUGAGCAUGUUUUCGGGUGUUUGUUGGAUGCAUUGUGCAAAAACGGAAGUGUCAAGGAAGCAGCUUCUUUGUUUGAAGAGAUGAGGGUCAAGUUUACGCCGAGUUUGAAGCAUUUCACUUCGUUGCUGUAUGGUUGGUGCCGGGAAGGGAAGCUUAUGGAGGCGAAAUUCGUGUUGGUGCAGAUGAAGGAAGCGGGGUUUGAGCCCGACGUUGUGGUUUAUAACAAUCUUCUUGGUGGGUAUGCGCAGGCGGGGAAAAUGGCGGACGCUUAUGAUCUUAUGAAGGAGAUGAGAGGAAAGGGUUGUUCGCCGAAUGCUGCUUCGUAUACAGUGUUGAUUCAGGCGCUCUGUAAGCGGGAGAAGAUGGAGGAGGCGAUGAGGGUGUUUGUUGAAAUGCAGAGGAGUGGUUGUGAUGCUGAUGUUAUGACUUACACCACUUUGAUUAGUGGGUUCUGCAAGUGGGGGAAGAUUGAGAGGGGUUACGAGAUUUUGGAUAGUAUGAUUCAGCGAGGGUUUAGUCCGAAUGAGACGACGUAUUUGCAUAUCAUGUUGGCGCAUGAGAAGAAGGAGGAGUUUGAGGAGUGUGUGGAGCUAAUAGGGGAGAUGAGGAAGAUUGGUUGUGUUCCCGAUUUGAAGAUUUACAACACGGUGAUCCGGUUGGCGUGCAAGUUACGGGAGGUUAAAGAAGGUGUUCGGUUGUGGAAUGAGAUUGAAGCGAGUGGUUUAAGCCCGGGGCUUGACACUUUUGUUGUUAUGAUUCAUGGGUUCCUUGGACAAGGUUGUUUGAUUGAAGCUUGUCAGUACUUCAAAGAAAUGGUUGAGAGAGGUUUGCUAUCUGGACCACAAUAUGGGACCUUGAAGGAGCUAUUGAAUGCUUUGUUACGAGCUGAUAAGCUCGAAAUGGCCAAGGAUGUUUGGACUUGCAUAGUGAACAAAGGGUGUGAGAUAAAUGUGUAUGCAUGGACUAUAUGGAUUCAUGCGCUGUUCAAGAAUGGGCAUGUUAAGGAGGCAUGUUCUUACUGCUUGGACAUGAUGGAUGCAGAUGUGAUGCCGCAGCCAGAUACUUUUGCGAAGCUCAUGCGUGGAUUGAAGAAGCUUUAUAAUAGACAAAUUGCAGCAGAGAUCACAGAGAAGGUGAGGAAGAUGGCCGAGGAUAGACAGAUGACUUUUAAGAUGUAUAAGAGGCGGGGAGAGAGGGAUUUGAAAGAGAAAGCCAAGGAGAAACAGAAUGGGAGGAAGAGGAGAGCUCGGAGACGCCGGUGGGGUGGGAGGCAUGGCAGUGCUAAAGCUUUGUAGUUUGUAUUAGGAAAGUCCACAGUUGUGAACAAAAGGAAAUUUUCGGCUUUGAUGGGGUGGAUGAGAUUGCUUGUUGUGCUGUCCAUUUAAUAGUUGGAUAUGCACUUAUCACUGUGGCCAUUAUCACUAUUAAGCUUUGAUAAUGCAAGAUUUUGCCAGGCUAUGUGGUUAUAGGUUAUAUGCAGCCCGCGGCAUAUGCCAUAAGAAUGCAAGUGCAGCAUCCUCUGAUUCCCUUGCUUGCGAUUUUUUUUUCAGGUUCUGACUUUAAGCACUUCGGGGUUCAGGCCUUUGGAGUUUAGAGAAGGCGAAAACAAUUUGAUCGUUCUUUGAAUUAGAUUAACAUGCAGGGUACGCGAAGGGUUACACGAAAGCUUGGUAUGAGCUUUUCAAGGACUUCUUAAGGAAAAGAAGACUUUCGAAUGGCCGGUUGGAAAAGAGUGCAAAUUAUAAGGCUCCCAUCGAUGAGGCUGAGGAAGAAGAGGCUCCGGCAAGUGGACAAUGGUGGUUUGACCCAACUCCAAAUCGAAGGAUGGGGAGCGAUCAGCGAGAGACGGACCUCAUCACUAAAGACCGAACAAGCAGUAAAUAAGGCUCAGAGCUAGUUUUCUUCUUAGAAAGCCUAGAAAUGCUUAUCUUUGCUCCACUGGAGUUUAAUCAUCAUCAACAACAACCAUCGAAUUGCCAAUAAACCUCUCUGUCGCUUGAAACGUCAUUGGCUAUUCGGAAUCUUGCGGAUAGCGACUCUUUUUACCGGCAC